UGCUCUGCUGCACCUACCUCUGCACAUAGUCUACCAGGGCGACUUUUAAAAGAACUGUAGAACGAGUUCUGUAUUUGAUUCUAGUUAAUUUUGGUACUUUAUUAUUUUCGGGAUUUGACAGUUGAUAUUUGACAUUGACUAAUUGAUAUUCAGCAGUCGGCACUCGUUGGAAUUGGAAUUUGGAAAUAAAAACUUUAAACGUUUCUUAGCUUUUUUUAAAGUACCUUAUUGUUAUUUAGAUCAAAAAUAUCUUUUUGACAAAUAUUAUUUAACUCAAUAAUAUGGCAGCGGCUUUGUGUCUUUUCCGAAAGGCACUUGUACAAAAUAAUGUGCUUUGCCGAUCUUUGAGUUGUUCGUCUACACUGAAAUCAAAACAAUGGCGGCUUUCAAAGGGGCUAUCAGCAAAUCGCAAUGCUGAAGGAAUCCUUACUGAUGGCCCUGACUACACAUUUUUAGAUGGCAGACCUACACCUUUGCUUCAAAAGCAAAAACUUAGGAUGUUAAGACAACAAGAAUAUGCUGCAAAAAUUGUUGAACUGUCAGCAGAAUUAGAUUUUGCAAAACAAAAGUAUCAGGAUGACAAUAGAAAAGAGGCAGAUGAAAGAGAUGCGAUUAUUAAAGAUAGAUUAAAGAGAAAAGGGAAGAAUCUAAAGGGAAAAUAGUUAAAUGGUCAUAGAUGUAUAGUAAAUUAAGUAGAAAAUAAAUUUGUUUAGUUAUA